AUGGCUAACAACUUUUCUGAACUAUUUCCCGCUGACGCCAACACAGACAAUCUGAGAGAGUACCUAAACCAGGGGGAUAUCAAAUUCGAAAAUGAAGAUUUGAAAAGAGAAAGAGAACAAAUAAAAAACGAUCCAGAGUUCGUGCACUGUGUAAAGAACAUAUGGACAAACGUACUUAACAAAUCCAUCGAUGGGAAAUUUAGCAAGGUGGAGUAUUUUAAAAUCAUGAUAAGGAUUUGUAAAGUUCUAAUACCUCAAUUUGAAAUAAAGGAAGUUGUAAAAAUAGUAAGUGAUGAAUGGAACAAUGACUGUAAGGGGAAUAAGUACCUAAAUUUCGAAUCUUUUUUUAAUGCGUUUUUUGAACUAGCGGAUAUUUGGACUCCGACAAUAAAUGCUAUGGAUUAUGCUCAUUUUCUGAAGACUCUAUUUUAUAGAAUUACGUUUAUUGAAAUUAGAAAAAAAAAUGGAGAAAUUGUAAAAAAGAAACCUGUCAUUAUGAUACAUUUUAGGAGAAAGGAAAAUAUGAAAAAGCCAAAACUCUCCCUUUUUGAGAACCCAAUUUUGGGUUUUAAAAAUGAACAGAAUCAAGAUGAUAAAUGCAACAGCUUUAUUAAAAAUAUGAAAUCUAUAAAAAAGCUAUCCACACAAGUAGAACAAUUUAAAAAAGAAUUCACAAAACGAUUUAGCGAUAGCUAUAAAAUUCAGGAAUCCUUCCUUUACGAUGAUGAUUUGGACACACAGGACAUCGUGGGUCAACACUUGUUUGAAAAUUUACUUAACAAUAGAAAUGAUGGUUCGUAUUUACAGAGAAAUAUUGUUUUACUUGAUGUAGAUGAUAUAAAUCCUCUAGAAUAUCUUGAUGAGGUGGACUCCUCCCCAGGGGAGCACACGCGCGAUAGCACCUACUCCCUCAGUAAGGAUGACAGGCUCUCUUCAACGGAGAAAGGACGGAUCUAUCACACUUCAAAAAGGACAAAUGAACAGAAGAACCAACUGAAAGAUGAUUUAAGGGAAGAAGAAAAGUUUUUUUCCAACGAAGCGAUAGACCAGUCUCAUUCAGGCAUUGAGUCCAAGAUAAGAAAAAGGAACACCUUCACCUUCGCACUGAAAAGGGAUAUGCAGAAUUCGGAAGAUGAGGGCAUGGAGAAAGGAAGGAGGAAGACAGAGGGAUCUGUACCAGACGGAAAGUACGUACUGGAGGAGUUUCAGGAGAGAAGCAAAAGGCCAGGCAUGGAUCAAGCCAAUGUAGUGGACAAAGCGGAUGAAUCGAUCAAAUCGGAUGAAGCGACCAAAUCGGAUGAAGCAACCAAAUCGGAUGAAGCGAUCAAAUCGGAUGAAGCGAAAAGGGUCAGCGCCGAUGAAGGGAAGGAAAGAAGCGCCUUGGAGAGCUCCCUCCUGAUUGACGGAAUUAAUUUUUCUGAAUUCACCAAGGAGUGCAAAAUUGUAGAUUUGAAUGAACACGAGGGGGGUGGCUCUUUCCAUGGAAAAGACACAGAUGCAGAGGGGAGAAACCUUUUGAGUGAUCUGGUACCGACGGAGCAAAGACACUUCCUACGGCUGGACUCAAAUCUGGAUUUAGAUGAAGAGACACUUAGGAAGGAAUUCCGGGGAGAAUUCCUUCACCUUGGCCAAGGGGAGGAUUAUCAAGAGGGGAAAACGGAAGGACAGACGAAAGGACAAACGGAAGGGCAAACGGAAGGGCAAACGGAAGGGCAAACGGAAGGGCAAACGGAAGGACAAACGGAAGGGCAAACGGAAGGGCAAACGAAAGGAGAGUCGGAAGAGAAAUCGGAAGAAAAAUUGAAAGGAAAAUCAAAUGGCGAAGGGGAAAGUGACAUGGAGGGCAACUCAAAGGAUGAUCUGAGUAGGGGUAACCCCUUGGAAAGCUCCACACAAGGGAAAGGGAAGAAGAAGGCUCAAGGGGGUGGCACUCAGGGAGAAGAAGUAGUGGAGGGAGAUAUAGACGUAUCCUCUGAAAAAGGAAAAGAAGGUGGCAAGUUUAGUGAAGGUGAGAAGGACGCCCUUCCAGGUGAUGGUGUUGGUGGUGAUGGUGUUGGUGUUGGUGCUGAUGGUGGUGGUGAUGUUGUUGGUGCUGAUGGUGUUGGUGGUGAAGUGUUAACCGAAAGAGGGAAAGGCGACGCCGCUGCAGAGGAAGAAGCCUCACAUGCGAAUGAACAUAAAGAUGAGUCUGACAAAUCGGUGGUGCAAAAUAGAGACGAAGAAAAAGGAAGUCCUACUAAAAGCGGAGGUGUUGAAAAGGAAGAAGCUAAGGAUGAGCCGAACGGGUCAGAUGAAGAAUACUUGGAUGCACUGAGAAGUAACUUGACAUUAGCGGGAGUGGAGGGGGGAGAGCAGGACAAGAUGAGCACGCCUAACGACGAAGGAGCAGGUAGAUCGAAAAAAUCAGUAGAUCUUCUUAAGGCUAAAAACUACCUAGAAAAUGAGAAAAGAACUCUGGAGGAACUAAAACAGGAGAAGGACAAAUUUAAGAAGGAGAAAAAAAACGAUGCAUGCCUGGGGGAGCUGCUAGACGAGAGUCGGACCAACCUGGACAAACAACCGAGCGUGAAUGACAUGGAAGGUAUAGCUAAGGGAAAGAAGAUUCUCCUUGGAGAUGAAUCAAUCGACUCCACUUUCAAUAUAAAAGACAUUUCUUUUGAUGAUAAAUUGGAUAUGGAGGAGAGGAGGAAGGAAGAGGAGGAGAAGCUAGAACGAGGGGAUAACAUUGAACAUGAGGAGGAUACAAUAAAGCGGGGAGGUAGUACUGAACACGGGGGGGAGGGAACCGAAGAGGAAAGUAUACAACUGAACGAACAAAGGGAGCUCUUCCAAACGGUGAAUAAAGACAUGGAAAAUAAAAUGGAUUCCUACAAAGGAAACGUUGAUAUUUUCAUGAAGAAGAUGAAAAGGAGGAGCACAUGCAAGGGGGAGAUGAUAGGCGAGAAAGGAGGGGAGGGGGUGAUGGAUGAGCAGGUGCAUCGAACGAAUUCUGCUGAGCAGUCAGAAGAAGAAGACACAGGAUGGGAGGAUGAACCCGGAGACGGAGAUUCCCAAGUGAACGGUUUCGGAAGUACCGAUAGCCAAGGGGAUACGAACAUUUCCAAGACAAAGGAAGAAUUGCUCCACAGUUUGGAUAUUAAGAAAGACAUGUAUGAAAGGAGCAAAAAUGAAAAAAGCGAGACCUCCCCCUUGGAUAUAAAAACGACUUUCAAUGAAAUGGAAAAAAUAUUAAACGAGGUAAUAAUUCAAAGUGAGGUAGCCAUUUUGAGAAAGGACCAGCAAGAACCCAUAAUAACAACAGAUCCCCCAAGUGAAGAAUCGAAAUUGGUUGAUGAAGAAAUUGAGCAUGACCUCGUGAAGGACAUAAUACGUAACGAAGAUGUUGUAAGAAGUAUUUUGUUUGAUGAUGAACAAGUGGAGAGUAGUGUACAUACUGGUGGGGAGAGCCAAAAGGGGGACGACGCACCCACAUCACCUCGAAUCGAAAACGAAGCAAAAGAAGCUUUUACAGAAGGGAAAUUUCAUACUGGCAUAGAUGAGACAGACACCAUUGAUGAUAAGCAUGAUGUACAGGCUCUGGAAAGGUUUAACAUACCAUGUGUUGAGAGAGAAUUGGAGAACCAUCCCGAUGAAGAGGAAGGUGCGUCUUUGGAGAGGAGUGGAAAUAGCGGUGGAAAGGAUGACAUGGUCGACCAGCCAGGUGGAACGAAACGUGAGUCGCUAGAGAGGAGGAAAUGGGACAGAGCAGACGGGGAAACCAUGAAGGAGGAAAUGUCUACAGAACGGGUCAUGAAGGAAGUGGAGACAACUGAACAGAUUAUCGGAAAAGUAGAGGUUACAGAAUCAACCAUGAAAGAAAUGGAGAAACCAGGAAGAACCAACAAGCAUGUGGAGGAUACAGAACGAGACUUGAAAGAAGUUAAGAGAAAUGAGAUUUUCAUCGAAGAAAUGGAUUCUACAGAAGGGGCCAUGAAGGAGGAGGGGUCUCCACAAGGGGAAUUGAAAGAAGUGGAGUCUACAGAAACGAACGCCAAAGAAAUGAACCCCCCUGGAGAGACCAUGAAGGGGGAGGCAUCUCCUGAACAAGGAGGAGAGGGAGGUAUCUCCGGGGGAGGCAUCACCGCGGAAGGUUCCACCGGAGGUGCACCGGUAGUGCAAGAACUAACUGGGGGAGCAACGGAUGAGGAAGUGACGAACCCUGCUGAAAUGGUUAUCGAUUCUAAAAUGGUUAACGAUUCUAAAAUGGUUAACGAUUCUAAAAUGGUUAACGAUUCUAAAAUGGUUACCGAUUCUAAAAUGGUUAUUGAUUCUAAAAUGGUUAUUGAUUCUAAAAUGGUUAACGAUUCUAAAAUGGUUAUCGAUUCUAAAAUGGUUAUCGAUUCUAAAAUGGAUAACGCUACUGAAAUGGUUAACGAUUCUAAAAUGGAUAACGCUACUGAAAUGGUUAACGAUUCUAAAAUGGUUAGCGAUUCUAAAACGGUUAUCGAUUCUAAAAUGGAUAACGCUACUGAAAUGGCUACCCCCUUGAAGAGGAAGUACCUUCUCAUGGAGGAUUCUCACAAAAUGAGAAAUUUCAUCAAAAUAAAUAAAAGGAAUAGGAAGGAAAACUUGAUUAUAAUAUCCAGACGGAGAGAAAAAUACAUCUACGAUUUCGUCAGGAGAUUAAAAAUGGACCUCAUAGAUCCUGUUUUAGUAUUAAGACGAAAUGUUACUUUAGAGAGGCAGUUUUUGUCUCCACUUGGGAAGUUAAUUAAUGAGGAUUUGAAGGAUGGAAAAAGUAUCGACUGUAAGAAGGUGAUGGAUCUAACGUUGGAAUUCCUUAACAGUAUCAUUUGCAAAAAUAAUGGCUCCCUACUAUACUUAACUGGGAGGUUUUUAGACUACGUUGAGUACUUCCUAAAGAAAUGGAAGAAACUCUCCUCGUUGAAUUAUAUGAAUUAUAUGAAUUUCCUAAAUAUGAAUUGCCAAAAAAAUGUAACAGAGGGGGUAGAUGUGAAGAACUUCCUGGUGGAGGAUAGGAACUUGAUUCUCGCCAACCCUUUUAAGGACACAUUCCCCCUUUUCUGUAUCAUUCUACGGGAUCAUGAGGGGGUGGGGAGGCGCGAGGAAGGUACCCAUGUGGAGUGCAUCUAUGAGGAUCUGCUGAACCUAUUCCGAGGAAAGAGUUCAGAACCCGUCCAAGUGAUAAACGUUCAUGCGAAGGAUGUACAUCUAAGUGAAAAUAUAGGGAAAUACAGAAAGGAAAAAACGAGUAACUCAUCCGGUGUCACUCCUUCUGUGGGUUCUAGCGAAGAGAAAGAAGUAGACUCGGAGGAAGAAGCAGACGCGGAGGCACAAGGUGCUGAGUCGUCAGGAGAAGCUUCAGAGAGGGAUUCUACAAAUGAGAAGUUUGAUGAAGAAGACGAACAGAUGUUGCGAGUGUUGGAGAAGGAACGUCUAGCAGGUGAUACUGAUGCUAUGGACGGUACGGGUGUUGCGAACCCGCCUGGAAAUGUCGAUGAGAAAGGCGUGGAGACAGAGGAGGAAUGCCUAACGGUGGGGGGAUCGGAGGAAAACUACCACCAAGGGGAUGCCACCACGGAGGAACACAAAACGGAUGAGGAUAACAUGGAAGAGGAUAACAUGGAUGAGGAUAACAUGGAUGAGGAUAACACGGAGGAGAAUAACACGGAGGAGGAUAGCACAGAGGAAGAUAGCAUAGAGGAUGAUGAAGAAUUGGAUAAUGAUGAUGGUAACGACGAUAGUAGUGCCCAUGAUGUUGAGAGCGAAGAGGAAGAAGGCAAAGCCAUCUCCCCCAGUAGAAAAAAAAGCAAAGAGAACACCGACACAAAGCAAUCCCCCCGCGGAAUCCUAAACGUAGAAAAUAUAAGUGAAAACUAUUUCAGACAAAUGAAUAAAGAAAUGUGUUACGUGUACAGGUGCGACGACCCUCAGAAAUACUACAGGGAUUACUAUACUGACUUGAAAAUGAGUAUCAGUUGCAUGGAGUCAGAGAGGAACAUUCGUCUGCUCGUUGAGCGGAUGAACGAGUUACACAAGGAUGAUCAACCUGGUGAAGUAGUUCACGCAGUCGAAGCAGACGAAUUGACAGAAAGGAAGGAGGAAGAUUUGGCUCACACUGUAGCGGAGAAGUUUGGAAUCCGAAUCAUCCGCGUGGAUAUGGUUACCGAGAAGAGCACCGGAAAAUUCGACAGAUCGAAAGAGGACAUCCUCUGGAAAAUUUUCCAAAUCCACAUGAUUAGAAAUCAAUUUUCUUACCAUCUUAAAAAUAAUUUUUUCCCUUUUAAAUUCUCUCCGGAGAAGGGCUCUGGCAUUUUGGUGAUGAAUCUGAGAAGGAGGAUCCGUGGGAGAGAGUUUCCAUUGGAAGAUACUUCCCCGGAAGAUGGCAUUGGAGUUGGAAAAUCUAGUCGUGCAGGACGAGUUGGUGAUGUCACGAAAGUUGUCUCCGGCCAAGGGGAUGACGAAGACAGAGUGCCUGUCCAGUCGAGUGGCGUAGGAGAUGGCUCCCUCCGACGGGACACCGUUGGACAGGACGAAGGCAAAUUGGAUAUCGACCAAAUGGAUAUGAUAGGAGGCCUCCAAAGGAAGAUGUCAUUAGUAGGCCAAACGAAUCUGCGCUACUACCGACACUGGGGUUCCUACUACAAGUACUGUCCCGUGACUUACAUAAACGAGAGGAGGUUUGUCAAGGGAAAGAAGCAAUUCAUGGCGACCUACAAAAACAAAAUAUACUUACUGGAGAACGCUGAAAAAAUGAAGGAGUUCUUGAUGUACCCCCAAUUUUACUCUAGCAACAAGAUAAAGGAAAACAUAAGCUUUACAAUGGUCAUUUAUUUUUCCAAUAUGGAGGUAAAGAAAAAAGUGAUGAACGUUGUUAGGAAGAGAGAGAGGAUGGUGUAUAUCGAUUUGGAGGAUUAUUUCAGGAGGUUCUUCCUUUCCGAGGAGGAUAUGGGAUGCGACCCGCAAAAUAUAGCAGAACAUGAACCACAAAAAGGGGAAGGAGAAACUUACACCAACUUAGAUACCUACAUGUUUGAGAUCAAUAGACUGGUUGAAGGAAAAACGGUAUCGCCCCUCUUCAUUGUCCGGUACCUAUGCAUGCAGAUGAACAAGGCACACUCCUUCAAUGUGUUCGUCCUGAGCCAAGUGGAGGAUGAACUCCACGAACUUCGAGAACAAUUCGAACGCGCGUUUGCGGUGAACCCUAAGGAAGAAGAUUCUCCGGUUAAUGAUUCCAUAGAAGAGGAUUCCCCAGAUGAUGAUCCGACGGAUGAUGAUCAAACUGACGAUGACCCAACAGAGGAUGUUCCUACAGAGGAUGUUCCUACAGAGGAUACCCCUCAGAAGAAAAUUUCUCUAAAGGUAGUUAAAAUUAGGGCUUUGCACAGUUUACUAAUAGCGCAAGGUAGAUCCUGCGAAUCCAGCGUCCAAUUCAGCUCCUCCCUCAGCGACCUAUUUAAGUGCACCACGUUGAGUGCCAUAAACAGAACAAUUGACAAACUAAUCUGUUAUAUAUCCAAGCAGAUGCAGGAGGAAAAUGGGAUGUAUGCCCAGGAGUUAGAAAGUCGAAGCGACACCCAGUUUGGACAACCUACCUUAGGUGGUCUACCAUUGAGAGCAACCACUCAAAGUACCCACUUCAUCGUAACGGGGCUACCAUUGAAUAGAAAGGUUUACGAAUACCUAAAAAAAGUGAACAUCCAAAUUGACACUAUCAUCGCUUUUGACGUGAAAAAGCAGAAGAAACAAAUGAGGGAGGAUAUCCAUGAGGAUAUAUUGAGAGGAACCCAGAGGGGGUACAAUAAUUUAAGCGAUAUCACAUGGAGAGAAGACUCCAUGUAUGUUUGUAGCGAGAACUACAGAAAGGAGAUUGAACGUUUGAGGAAAGAAAAGUACCAUGUGCACUACCUCAAAAUGGACACCGACACGAAUGUUAAUUAUUAUGCAAACAAGGUAAGGAAGUUUCUUAAUCCGUACGUGCAUUCCUAUUAUGACUAUAGGGAGGUGCUGAGGGAUAAGACCCUGGGAGAUAAACUAAAUUACUCAUUCACCAAUGUAUACUGUCCGUACCUUGUAUCGAAGCAUAACUGGUUGUACAAAACUUCGAAAGGUGUGAAGGUAGUCUAUGGAGGAAAGGUUCACCACCUUUCCAACAUGUAUAAUGCAUUCCAUUUUUGCCAAAGCAAAGAAUCUUAUUCGGGAGAAUUCUCCGUACCUCCCUUGAGAAUGCUACUUCUAACUGAUGAGGGGUGCCAUUUUGAAAAGGAAAUUGAGACCAUUACAUGCAAAUUCUUUUUGCAAUGUAUAGACAUACAGAAGGAGUUCACUAACACAUUCAGACCAAGCUGUGUUUACAUCCUUAAAUAUAUUUACCUUUUCAAACUUACGGAUGGAAAAAAAAGGAAGAAGAAGAACCACGUACUUGGAGAUUUUAUCUUUUCUUCUAACUGGCUAGCUAAAUUUCAUGAUUGUGAAAUUCACCUGAACAAGGUAGAUGUAGACUACUUAGAAAACAACACAAGCUGCGUGAACCCGUCGGAGGAGUACUCACUGGAGGAAGAACAGAAAAUGUUGGACUUUCUCUUUUCUCGCGUCAAGCCGUUCAACAUAGUUUUGAACGUUGCCAAAAUUGUUGCUAUGCGAGUUGUCCUGCAUAAGAAGCUCGGCAAGUGCAUCAUUAGGUUCGUCCACAAGGGGGGUAGUUUGUUCAAGGCGUCGUCUGCCGAGGAGGUGAAACUUUGCCUGGGAAGGAACGUGCAGGGAGGUGUACAUGGAAGGGUAUGUAAAGGUGAUGAAGGCAACGCCCAAGUUGGCAACGACGUGUCCCUCCCCCCUGGACGUGAUUCAUCUGAUGAGAUUCCCUCCGAUGGAAUAACUUCCGAAAGUGACGCCAGCUCAGAUGGUGAUCCUUACGCCUACCUCGAGAGCAACUCAAACGUAGAAGAAGUUAAAAAAAAAAUUUUUAAAAAAAACGAAAAAGAAUUACUAAAAAGUAAGUACAGCUUCUUGGAAGAAAAAGUGUUAAACUCUUUUGAAAAGAUUUUGAAAUGCUCCCUUAGGAUCCCUGAGCAUGUGAUUUACUUGAAGUGUGGUCUUAAAGCAUCGUGGGAGAAGGCCGGCUACUUCAACGAAGGAGAUCCAAGUCGGAGCAAAGGAGGAGGUGAUCAGAAAAAGGAAAGAGUUACUGGAGAUAACUCCACGAUGGAAAAGAACGGACAAAGAAAAAAGCUAUUUGCAGAAGUAGAAAAAAAACUACUCACAAAAAUAAAAAAGACAUCCAAGAGAAAUCAGAAAAUAAUUAACCGAUUGAAAGAUAAUACAAAUGUGUGGUCCAUCGAUGUAGGAAAAAUACAUAUCACUAAGGUGAAGGCAUCCAUAGAGAGCAAGCUGAGAGGCAUACUCCAACAUAGGAACAGUCUGUUUCAUCAGAUGAACCUAAGGAGGGUAGACAAAAUAUGGGCCCAGUUUUUAAAAAAAAAUAAUUACGCGAAAUUAUCAAAUUUUUAUUACUACUCUCCAGUCAAUAUCGAUAGUAUUGUGGAUAUAGACACGGAGCACAUCCUUCUGUACAACUCGUUUCUAUUUUACUUCAAAACGGAGGAGGAGCUAGACAUAUUUAGUAAGAACCCCAUUCGUUAUUUGACACAGAUGAAACCAGAUCCCUUCUUUGUCCUCCCCUUCGUCCUUAUUUACUCGGAUAUAAAUAUGGAGGUCUUGUAUGAUGAGCUGGUGAGGAGCACAAAAUGUGCGGUGAUCCACUGGAAAAAUUUACUCUCCUUCGGUUUUCAAAUCGAGAAAUUUAAACAACUUAUACAGACCAAACAUUUGACCGAUGCAGACAUAAUGGAACUCCUGCGCAUUCGGAUGAACCAAUACGAUGUCCUUGCUCAUGGGUGCAUCCUGUGCAACAUACCCAAUAGCAAAUUCCAACUGAGCUAUCUACUUAAGGAGAAAAAAAUCCCCCACUUGAUUUUUAUAUUGCACAAGGGAGAGAAGCGUUCCCGAGUGGGAGGAGGAUACUCUGAAAAUGCCGCCUCUCAAACAAUAGGACAAAAUUAUAAGGAGAGAAGAAGGUACACCCCCCCUCGCAGUGAAGGAACGUUUCCACAGUACUACCCAUUUGUGAAGUACAUUGAGCAGAUCUUCAAGCCAAAAUAUAAUAAUGUGAUCCACGUAGAACACACGAACGUAUGGAAAAUGAAGUGCAAACUGACGAACGAUAUAGAGAAGACAAUAGAAAACUACCAAAGGUACAACCGAUACAAGUAUAACCACAAGACGGCCUACUUCAAAGGGUUCAAUAUUGAAGAAAAGGAAAAUUACGAACAGGAAAUAAAGUUUGAUAAUUACUGUUUAGUAACCUAUAAGAACAAAAACAUUUUAAAAAAGUGCAACAUAUUGGAUCACUACACAGUGAACCAUGACGGUUGCUUCUACUUAGUGAGUAGUCACGACGAGGUGGUUGCGUUUGAGAAGAACCCCACGGAAUUCACAGCUAUUGAGAAACCAUUGGCUACAUUCGAAAAAGUGGAUCAAGUGGAUGAAAAUGAAAAGAUAGAAAAUGAAGGCUUCUGCUUGGUGAGCUUGAGAGACCAAAACAAUUUCGUCAAGGGAAAUAAACAAUACUGCAUAAAGUACCAGGAAAAGCUUUACCUAUUCGAAAAUGAAGAAAAAAUGGAAAAGUUUGUGAGUAAUCAUGAGGACUACUUAAACAAUCAAAACAUUUUCGAAAUUAUUUUUGAAAAAAUGAAAAACCAAAAUGAUGUUACUACAAUGGUUUAUCUAAAGACAUAUUUGUAUGACAUUCUGUGUGAGGCGCUUUACCAGUUGGGCAAACACAGACCGCUCUAUCCGGGACUGAGCGUAAAGCUGAGUGCCAUUAAAUUUCUGGCUUUCUUCUUCUACAAGGAAAAUAAGCUCUUUUCAGCUCCCCUGCGGAGAUCUUAUGAGAAGAACUUCCUCUCCUUCCUAAGUGACUGUCAAAUACCCAUACAUAUACAGAAGCUCAGGGAGAAGUUUCAGACCACCUGUACGAGCAGAAACCAGGACAUACGAAAGCCCACCAAGAAGUGGACCAAGCGGGACGUGGAGAAAUACGAAACGUUCAUAAAUCUAUAUGAUAAAAUAUUGUACUCGCAGAAGAGGACACGGACUGAUUGA